AUGCGCCAAACGUGGGUUUCAUUUGCCCUCUUGGGGUUGGCCAGUGCAGCAUGCCCAUAUAUGGAUGCAGCUCCUGCUAUCAAAGAACGAACGGAUACUUCAGACUCUGCUAUACAUGAGCGCGACAAUAAACAGUUCCUGAAUCAAUUUACGCUGGCUGAUUCUAAUGCAUUCAUCACGACUGAUGCUGGUGGCCCGAUUCAGGAUAGCAACAGCCUGAAGGCUGGCGAGAGAGGGCCAACCUUGCUUGAAGACUUCAUUUUCCGCCAGAAGAUUACUCAUUUUGACCAUGAGCGAGUCCCCGAGCGCGCUGUUCAUGCGCGUGGUGCUGGUGCCCAUGGAACAUUUACCAGCUAUGGCGAUUACAGCAAUAUCACCGCGGCUUCAUUCCUAAAUUCUGCAGGAAAACAAACUCCUGUCUUCGUGCGAUUUUCAACUGUUGCUGGAAGCAGGGGGAGCGCAGACACCGCCAGAGAUGUACGUGGGUUUGCUACUAGAUUCUACACUGACGAGGGCAACUUUGAUAUUGUCGGCAAUAAUAUCCCCGUUUUCUUUAUCCAAGAUGCGAUUCUGUUUCCAGACCUAAUCCAUGCAGUCAAGCCAAGUCCAGAUAAUGAAAUCCCUCAGGGAGCAACAGCCCAUGAUUCGGCAUGGGACUUUUUUAGUCAGCAGCCUAGUUGCUUGAAUACUUUAUUCUGGGCAAUGGCUGGAAAUGGUAUUCCCAGGUCAUUCAGGCACAUGGAUGGUUUUGGCGUCCACACUUACCGAUUUGUUACCCAGGAUGGCGCCUCAAAAUUUGUGAAAUUCUUGUGGAAGUCGAAACAGGGUAAAGCAAGCUUGGUCUGGGAAGAGGCUCAAGUUCUUGCUGGAAAGAAUUCCGAUUUCCAUAGGCAAGAUCUUUGGGAUGCAAUUGCUUCCGGAAAUGGUCCAGAAUGGGAACUUGGUGUACAAAUUGUGGAUGAAAAAGAUGCACUGUCUUUCGGGUUUGAUCUUCUGGAUCCGACGAAGUUCAUCCCCGAAGAGCUUGUCCCAGUGACAAUGCUUGGGAAAAUGAAGCUGGACACGAAUCCUAGAAAUUAUUUUGCAGAGACGGAGCAAGUUAUGUUUCAACCUGGUCACAUUGUCCGAGGGGUUGACUUUACCGACGACCCUCUUCUUCAAGGCCGUGUCUUUUCGUAUCUUGACACUCAAUUGAACCGUCACGGCGGGCCAAAUUUUGAGCAACUUCCAAUCAAUCGUCCUCGUACUCCGGUUCAUAACAACAACAGAGACGGUGCUGGACAAAACUUCAUUCAUCUGAAUACCGCAGCAUACUCUCCCAACACAUUGAAUGGCGCCAACCCCAAACAAGCCAACCAAACUGCCGGUAACGGCUUCUUCACCACCCCUGGUCGAAGUGUCACAGGAAACCUCGUUCGUUCAACAUCUCCCACCUUCGCCGAUGUCUGGUCACAGCCCCGUUUGUUCUUCAACUCCCUCAUUCCGGUAGAACAGCAAUUCCUUGUCAACGCGAUGCGGUUCGAAACAUCCCAUCUAAAGUCAGACGUGGUUAAAUCGAACGUGCUCAUCCAGCUCAAUCGCGUCAGUAACGACCUCGCCAAACGUGUUGCUGAAGCCCUGGGUAUGACUGCCCCAGCCCCUGACCCGACAUUCUACAACAACAAUAGCACCAAAUUUGUUACUGUUUUCAACAACAGCCUUCCUACGAUUGCAACUCUUAAUGUGGCUAUCCUCGCCAGCAUUAACAAGCCUGACUCUGUCGCCCAAGCCGCAGCGUUGGCUAAAGCCUUCGCUCCAGCAGGUGUAAACGUAGCCGUUGUCGGCGAGCGGUUAUCUAAUGGAACUAGCCUCACAUACAGCGCUGCAGAUGCAUCGGUAUUUGACGGCAUUAUCGUGGCUACAGGUGCAGAGAGUCUCUUUGCCGCUAACAGCUCAUCGCCGUUGUUCCCCACGAGACGCCCGGCUCAGAUCCUCGCGGAUGGCUAUAGAUGGGGUAAGCCUGUUGGCGCGCUUGGCUCUAGCGUUUCUGCGUUGAAGGUUGCGGGAGUUAAUACACUGCCUGGUAUAUAUCAGCAAGCUAGCGAUGUCGAGAAAUUUGUAGCGGACUUUAAGGAUGGCUUGAAAGUUAACAUUAUGGUUCAGAACUCGAAGAUAUAUUUAGUAGAUCCUUUAUAUGCAAAAUACGUCGGUUCCCGUUCUAUUCUUCAACAUAAGAGCUAUGCCGUUAGCCUGGGAAUAGAAUAG